AUGUUGACCGACAAGGUCUCCGUGGCGGAAGGACCGCACCUCGACAUUCCCAUUCCCAUUCUUCACGAUCUGAUUACUUCAUCAAUCACCGAGCAUGGAGACAAGGUGGCGAUGGUGUGUAAACACCAACCUGUGGACCUUUUCCCGGCAGUAAACGGCUACAACAGCUCCAGAAUCAAUGCUGCGGAGAGGCUUCCGUAUCUACAAUGGACCCACUCCCAGCUUCAGUACGGCGCCGAUCUUGUCGCUCAUGCAUUGAUGAAGAAGGGACUGAGUCCUGGGGCAACGAUUGCCGUAAUGCUCAGUGGAAGAGUAGAAUUUCACAUGCUUUUGCGUGCAGCAGUCAAAAUGAAAUGUCCAUUCACACCGCUCAACCUGAGAGCACCGCAAAAUGCAAAGGAGAUCAGACACAUGCUGACAUUGUCGGGCGCUAGAGCUAUCAUUGUGGAGGACGACUCAAUCGCCGAGAGACUCGAACAAACUGUACCUGAUUUGAUGCGGGAUAUGCAGGUGAAGGCCGUGGUGGGACCAAUGUCUACGAUCAAUUCUUACGUUUCACUGAAUGAACUUGCGUCGAGUGCGGCCGAGGACGAAACCUUCGAAGACACACAGCGAGCCAUCGACAAACUUCCUCGUCAUGUCGAUGACAUUGUCUUCAUCUGGUUCACAUCAGGCACAACAGCGCUCCCCAAGGCAGCGCCGCAUACCAACAAAUCGCUCACUUGCAACAUCAGAUCUUGGGGAGAAGCAUUCAAACUGGAUUCAAGACGCCGGUGGCUCCAGAUUCUUCCCAUGAACUCGAUUGUCGGCAGCUCGUGGACACUCGCAUAUCUCCUACCUGGAGGGAGCGUCACACACGUCAAUUACAAUUUUGAUGUCCCGUCUAUCGCCACGGCAAUUCAAGCAGGAGAGUACACCGACGUUCUCGCCGUACCCUCCAUGAUAGAUUUGUUGUCAUCGUCUCCAUUACUAAGUGAGCCUUCCGUCAGAGGUGUUGACCAUGUUAUUGUAGGUGGGAGCAAAAUAUUACGGUCCCAUGUCGAAAAAGCAUUUUUGUUCUUGAAAUGCAAGCGCUUCAGUCCCUUCUUUGGCAUGACGGAGGGUACUUCAGUUUGCUCGGAGACUUUAGAUUGCGUCCCGGCUAGUCUGGAUGAUCCAAUUUAUGCGGGUUAUGCCAAUCCAGGUAGCAAGAUCAGGAUCUGUGCACCCGAUGGGAUCGAACCUCUCCCCAGAGGAACUCCCGGUGAGAUAAUCCAAGGCGGCUUGCAGAAAAUCGAGAGCUAUUUGGGUGACCAAGGUAAAGAUAACUUUUUCACGGCAGACGGGGAAACGUGGUACAGGUGUGGCGAUCAAGCGACAAUGUUGGCGAACGGAAGGAUUGCAAUCGUGGGAAGGUAUAAAGACAUGAUCAUCAGGGGUGGCAUGAAUAUAGCCUCUACAGCGGUGGAAGCCGUAAUAUCCGAAAGUACGGGGAUAGAUUCUCAGGUGAUUGGAAUCCCUGACGAAAUUGCUGGAGAGGUUCCUAUUGCUGUCAUCAAACAUCUAGGAGACAGAGACGCUGCCAUCAGCAUUCAGAGAUGUGUUCUGGAAAAAAUGGGCCCUGCAUAUGCGAUAGAACAAGUGAUCAGUUUAGAUGAGCUUGGAAUUGAGGACUGGCCGAAAACUAGUUCUGGAAAGGUGCUCAAACGAGACUUACGACUGAUGGUUGAAAGCCUGCUUCAAUCAACAAGCGCAGACCAGACCAAGGGACUCCGGAACGGGGAAUAUCCGCGACACGAAUUGCUGCUUGACGGUAGCCAGCUACGAAGCCACCUUCUCAAGCGGGUUCAACAGCAAGGAAUCCUAGUCUCGAGCAUCGAGGAUGAUUUUCACUCUGCCGGUAUGGAUAGUCUACUCGCGCUUAGACUCCGGAAUGCUAUUGCUCAAGACCCCGUGCUGGAUCUGCACAUCACGCUAUCUGUGGAGGAAAUAUUCCAAUAUGGCACCAUCAAGCGCCUCGCCGCGCGGUUGAUGUCUAGUGGCCGCGGAAACAAGAGCUCUGCUGCUGCUUUGUCUCACCCAGAGACCAUUAUUGAUGAAAUGGCUUCCAUGGUUGAAGAGUAUGGGGAGUUUCGUCUACAUAGGGGCUCGGGGGACGUCUGCUCCAGCCGAGAAACAGUCCUUCUCACAGGUGCUACAGGCUCACUAGGUGCUCACAUCCUUGCUCUUCUGAUUGAACGGGAUGAUGUUGCAGUAAUUUAUUGCCCAGUGAGGGGUCAGGAUGCUGCCAAGCGACUGAAAGAGUCUCUCAGCAGGCGAUUCCUCAUGCCACCGAACUUCGCAGAAAAGGUCAAGCUUAUCACCAGCAAGGCAGGGAAUCUUUGGUUAGGCCAGGAAAGUGCCACAAGAGAAUCACUCCUUGACAGUCUGACCCUUAUCAUUCAUGCUGCAUGGCCCGUCAACUUUCACCUGUCCCUGGCAUCGUUUCGGCCUCAUAUCAAUGAGCUCCAGAGGUUGAUCCAACUUUCUUUGGAUGUGCGAUUGCCCCACCCUGCUCGCAUGAUGUUUUGUUCCUCAAUGGGUGUUGCACUAAGCACGCGAGGCCAAAAGCGGAUCGCAGAAGAGCCCAUCAUGGACUUUCGACAAGGGAUGAGCAACGGAUACACCCAGUCGAAGCUUGUUGCCGAGUAUAUUGUGCAAAGGGCAGUAGAAGACUUUGGGGCUUUGGCAUGCAAUUUGCGAAUUGGUCAGAUUGUGGGAGACACAAAGCAUGGGUUUUGGAACCAGGGCGAAGCUGUCCCGCUGAUGAUUCGCUCUGCCCUCAGUAUAGGGAGCCUACCCUCCUUGGACAUGAAGUGUUCGUGGAUCCCGGUUGAUACUCUGGCAAAAGCCAUUGUUGAGAUUGCUACAAUGCCGAAACGUCAACAGUCGCAAAUGCUAGUCUACAACAUGUGCAACAGGCUCGCUUUCUCCUGGACGACGGAUCUAUUGCCGGCACUCGAAGGUGCAGGGCUCAAAUUCGAGACUGUGGCCUUUGAGCAGUGGAUUGCGAGCCUGAAAAACUACAGCGCAACACAGGGGGUGGAAGCGGCAAGCUUACACUGCCCAGCGAUCAAAUUGAUUGAUUUCUGGCAAAAGUCAUACGGCAGCAAGGAACAGAGACACGACGGCGGUCUGGAAUUUGACACGCGCAAGGCGCAGGCGGAUAGCAGAAGCAUGGCUACAGCCCCCGAUGUGAUCAAAAGUGGCCUCAUCGAGGUCAUGUUGAAUGCAUGGAUGAAAGAUUGGGGUGGCACACCACCCAUGGCGAACGAGACUUUAGACCGAUCGAAAACGGUGAAUGGAGACACAUGA